AUGGCUGAUCAACAUCAAAAUCAGAAACGUAAAACUUUUAUUCGUUCUAUUAUCAAUUUUACACAAGGAAUAGCAGUUACUCUAUUUGUAUUUGCUGUCACAAUUGCUAUGUAUUUGACAGUUAUAUAUCGAGCUCGUGUUGCUCCACUAAUUAGUUAUGCUAUUGUUUUUGAUGCUGGUAGUUCUCAUACAGAAAUGUUCGUUUAUAAUUGGCCUGCUGAUAAGUCGGAAGGUUUAGGCACAACAUCACCUGUCAGUCAAUAUUUCGUUUGUCCACUUGCAACAAUAAAUGCAAGUGAUCCAUAUAAACCAAAUGAUUUUAUUAAGCUUAAGGCUAUAUCUGACUUUGAGAAUCAUCUUGAUUUAUUAAAUGAUUAUUUUGCACCUUGUUUGAAUGAAGCAGUUUCAAAAAUACCAUCCAAUCGUCAUAAAUUUUCACCAAUUUUUCUUGGUGCAACAGCAGGUAUGCGUUUAGCAAGCUUACGUAAUACAACACGAGCAAAUCAAGUAUUUGAAACAAUACGUGAAAUUUUUUUAAAUUACCCGUUUCAAUUUGUUACUGCACGACAAGUACGAACAUUGACUGGUAUGGAAGAAGCUAUUGAUGGUUGGAUAACUACUAAUAUCCUAUUAGAAAAAUUUAAACACCGUCAUGAAAAACAGAAACAAUUAGGGCAAACGACUGCACCAGAACUUGAUCCAUAUAUGGUCGGUGUACUUGAUUUAGGUGGAGCUUCAACCCAAGUAACAUUUACUUAUAAGCGUAAUAUUAGUGAUGAACCAGUUCCAGAGGAAUAUACAACAAAUAUUACUUUAUUCGAUACAGUUUAUAAUCCAUAUGCUCAUAGCUAUUUAUGUUGGGGUAAAAAUGAAGCAUCUAAACGACAUCGAGCUCGUCUUCUUAAUGCUGUAUUAAAUGUUAAUUCCAAAUAUUUACCAACAUCAACAUCCUUUCCUAUACGUGAUCCAUGUUUAGUUCGUGGCAUAACUGAUUCAGUAACACCAGCAAGUCUCUUUCGUUCACCUUGUACAGCUAAUGAAAAACGACAAUUUAAUAAUAAUCCUAAUAUAACACUUUCAUUUAUUGGUGCGGGAAAUCCUGAUGAAUGUCGUCAACGUCUUAUAAGUUUAUUUGAUACUAAACGUAAUGAUAAAACAGUAAAUUGCUCAUUUAAACAAGAAUAUUGUACAUUUGAUUAUGCAUUUCAACCAAAAUUACCAGAAACAAUUCGUUUUAUUGGUCUUUCUGGUUAUUAUUAUGUAUUUGAUAAUUUAGCUUUUGGUAUGUCAAAACCGCCUGCAUCAAAAAGUGAACGAUAUAAAAUAAAAGAUUUUUCUGACGAAGAAAUAAAAAGACGUCUUUAUAAUGUUUGUUUAACAGAUUACGAAACACUUUAUAAACAAGAAGCUAUGACUCCAGCUAAUGUACAGCAUAAACGAGCUUUAUGUUUUGAUGCUUGGUAUGUGUGGCUUUUAUUAACAUAUGGUAUUGGUUUUACAGAAGAUGGUUUAAAACGUGUAAGUUUUGCAAAAUCAUUUCCAACAGGAAAAGUUGGUUGGACACUUGGCUAUAUGAUUAAUCAAACAAAUUAUAUUCCGGCUGAAUAUCUUGAAAAACGAAUAAAAAAAGGUGUAUUUAUUGGUUGGAUAACAAUAUCGUUAAUAGUUGCUUUAAUCACACUUAUUUUUCUUAUUCUUACAUGUCGAACAUAUGCACGUCAUUUAUAUCAGAAACAAACAAGUCAUAUAGCAACAGAAAAUAAAGAUGGUUAUUCUCGUCCACAUGAACAAUCGGUGGCUUAA